AUGAUUCUCUGGUUCAGCAGUUAUGACGUGGUCAUCCUCCAGGAUGAGAUCUGGUAUAAUGUGAACUCCUCUAUGUGCCCGGAUGUGGGUGACGUGCGGCCGCCAUCUUCCCGUCCCCGGCAGCCAGCGCUAGUCGGAGCCAGCGCGAGCCGCCGCAGCCGCUGUCGCUGUCGCCGCCGCCAUCGACAUCACUGCCGCUGCCUGCCAAGUCCUCCGCCUGCUGCCUCCGCCAUGUCGGCUACCGCUGCCACUGCCCCCCCUGCCGCUCCGGCUGGGGAGGGAGGCCCCCCUGCACCCCCGCCAAACCUCACCAGUAACAGGAGACUGCAGCAGACUCAGGCCCAGGUGGACGAGGUGGUGGACAUCAUGAGGGUGAACGUGGACAAAGUUCUGGAGCGGGACCAGAAGCUGUCAGAGCUGGAUGACCGUGCCGAUGCACUCCAGGCGGGGGCCUCCCAGUUUGAAACAAGUGCAGCUAAGCUCAAGCGCAAAUACUGGUGGAAAAACCUCAAGAUGAUGAUCAUCUUGGGAGUGAUUUGCGCCAUCAUCCUCAUCAUCAUCAUUGUUUACUUCAGCACUUAA